AUGCCGGAGUGGAGCUCGGCGUGCACGUUUUGGUGCCGGAAGUUGUGCGCAGACGUUCAUGUCAAGUUCCAGAAGAAGAAGAUCUUGACGUUCUCUGUGAUACUGGGGACUCUCCUGUUUGUUUCGGUCGGGACUUUGUGGUUUAACAACUCCAGUGAAAACACCUCAUCCAUAUCACUGCCAUUUGUGAUGUCAUCCCCCACCCCCAGCGACCCCACACCUACAGCGAUGGAGAACCCACCCCAACACCAAGUCCUGCUGAUGACCUACGGCCGGAGCGGCUCGUCCUUCACCUCUGCCCUCAUUAGCCACCACCCCGAUGUUUUCUUCACCUUUGAACCUUUGUUUGAAUUCGUUAGGCAGUUCAAAGGUCAGGACAAGUACUUCAUAAACGACAGAGAGCUAGAAUCAAGGGCCAUAAUCAAUGCAUUCCUAAACUGUAAAUUCCAGCUAGAAGAUAUUUCUGCCUUCAACAACAUCCUACACCAGAAUACUGGAGCCAUCAAAGAACUCUUCCUCUGUUUACGUGACCAAAAAGAUGGCGCUCUCCACCUUGCCUGUUUCCUCAACUUUUUAAAAAGCUGCCAGAACCACAAGACAACUUUUGUAAAAACCAUCCGAUUUCGCGCCAAGUGGGCCGAGUGGUUUCUGGAGAACAGUCCAAAUUUUAAACUCUUGUUUUUGGUCCGAGACCCGCGGGCGACCCUGUACUCCCAGUCUCAAGUGUUCCGGGACUUUGACUGGAAAACCGAAGUCCACAACGUCUCUACUGGACACUGCAAGGUCCUGGAGGAAGACCUGAGCCAAGCUGAACGUCUGUCAGCGCUGUACCCAGGUCGGGUCAAGGCCAUUCGGUACGAGGAAGGCGCCAUGGACCCUUACAACUACACCCGGAGAAUCUACGACUUCCUGGGCCUCGAUCUGAACGAGGCGGUCUUGGAUUACAUCCGCAACAUCACAAACUCCACAGCGGAUGUUAAACAGACACAAAAGGCUUACAGCAUUGUGAAGAAUAACUCGACCCUGGCCAUGAACCGUUGGCGCUACGGGGCGGGGUUUGCCAGCGUCAACGUCACGGAUAGAAACUGUGGGCACUUGUAUUCGAAACUUGGGUACAAGUUUGUUCGUUCUCAGAGAGAUCUGGAGUCGGAUAGGUCACUGGUGGAUAGACCCGAACCUGGAGGCUUGUUUGACUAGGUGUUCGUACGCUGAAGCAAGAUAACAU